CUCAAAACUUGAAAACGUCCAUUGCAUGAUCAAGGUGAUAGAUCAACCUGCAACACAAUUUUUGGGCAUUUGAAAAUAUUUCGCUAUAACUUCCCGCGUUUGGUCUCGAAUCUCGAUCGAUCAAGGAAUUGCUCAUUACCUUCCCGCUUUCACGAUUGAAUUUCAGCCACUUGUCUGCAACCGUUAUCACAUUGCAAAGCAACCAGCUCAAUGUUCUCAGACAGGGAUCGUGAUUAAGUAGUUCGAGAUUCUAGCAACCUGUAGUUCCGAAAAUUUUCCAUAAUUGAUCCGAAGUAACGAAGCCGGGGAUGGGAAGGCAGCUACAUUUACUAGAUGAUCAUAUGAGUGGAAAUUGGAGUUUGGGUAGCAAAUACCAUCCAUGUAGCCAGUCAAGGAAGAUAUCAAUAGGUAUUGUGGUUGAUUCUGUUGCCAAAACGAAGGGCAAAAAUGGAAGGGGAGAUGUGACUGAGUUGCAAACUUCACAAAAUGUAACAUCAGCAAAAGAUACUCCCACAGAAAGACAGAACAAAGCUCCAUGCCAGGAACCCCCUCCACUGGUUUAUACAAACACUUCCCAUCAAAUCAUAUCACAUCCAGAUACAAUUAAUCAUCCAACAAAAGUCUCGAGUUUGCCUUCCACCAGCAAUGUACUACUGCAACCUAACAAGAUAGUUGGUGAAACUGAUCCUGAUACAGUUUUUGAAACCCAGAUGUCUGAUCUUCACUCCAAGGAUGCUAAUAAUGAGGAAAAAUCAAAGAAAAACACUUACCAAAGUGAAGCAGGCAGCCAUUUUGUCAUGGGCAGGGAAGAACAGUCUUCAUAUGCAACUCCACAGAAAGUAACUGUGCCAGAGAAAGGGAUAACAGAGCAGGGAACAAGUGAAAGAGGAAACAAUGGAAACAUGGCAUUAAGAAUGAAAGUCCAGGAGUUACUUGGAACUGUUUAUUCACCUAACAAGAAACAAUACGACCAUGAGACUUUUGGAAUGGAUGCAAAUAAUUCAAAGCCCAAGUCUGUGACCAACAAAAGUGAUAGCCAACAUUUGCAGACAAGAGAAACCCACUCUGGAAGUCUAAACAAGAGACCAGUAACUCGAUCUUUCACCAGCAAGAAACCUCAAACACAAAAGUUUGUUCCAUUAUAUCAGUCUAAAGAAGCUAAAUUAGACAAGAAUGUAUUCUCUUUUGUAGACAAUUGGUCAAAGAAAGCAAGCACAAAUGUGAAUCAUGGGUCUACAAUGUCUAAGAGAAAGGAAAGAGGGGUUCAUAAAGAUGAGAACCAUCAAGCUACUGAUGUAAGGAAAAGAAAAGCUGAUACUGUAAAUGUCUCAUUGAAAGAAAACAGAAGAGGAGACAUAGAGAAAGUUCAGCUAGAUACUGAAAUGAAAGACCAGUUUGAAGUUAUCAGGACCGGAGGAGGUAAUAAUAGUACAAUGUUAAAGAACAAUAAGGAUCAAGAUUCUUCUUCCAAACAUUCCUUAAAGAUCAAUCUAGACCCACAAUAUGAUCUAAAGAGCCCAACAUUUGAGUUCAAAACAGCUCCUAGAUAUUUGUUCUACAACAACCAUGAAGACCUUGAUGUUGGUAGCCUGUCUAAAAGAUCCUUCAAAUCUCACAGCAUAGGGUUUUCAAUGGGGGCCCACUCCAAUGCAAACACAAAUAAUUUUACCAUGGACCCUCAAGACUGUGUAGCAAAACCAGCUACAGUACACAAAGAAAGUAAAUAUGUAGGAUCUGAGAGCUCUGAAGAUGGUUCACCUGUCACAGUGCCAGUUACAUUAGAGAACAAGAACAUAAAUGGAAAUAGAUGGUCUAUAUCACCAUCAUGUCAAGAGGAGGUUUCUGAGAGCUCUGAAGAUGGGUCACCCAUCAAAGGGGAUGAAGAUUGUGAAAAAUUUCAUGAUACUUCUUCAGAACAGGAUGGGCUUGCAGGUGCUGUGAAGCUGUUUGCCUUGGCCUUAGAAAGAGUUGAAAGCAAAAUACAUUCAAGCACUACUAGACAAUCUGCUGAGAUAUUGUUGUCUGUUUCCAUGAACAUACAUUCGCAGUUGCAAAACGCUGAAUCUAGGAUCCAAAACGAAGUUGGAAAGUUAACAAACCUUGGUAAAUCCAAAAGAAUGCACUCAGAAAGCCAAUGCCAAGAGCAACAAGAGCAGCUGAAGCGCAUAUACGAGAAAUUUAAAGAAGAAGUGGAUCAGCACCUUGAAAAGUGCCGAAGCACACUUAAAGGACUAGAAUCACAUGAGAUUGAAGUUAGAGGGAUGGUAGAGAAACAAAGGCUGUCACACAGAAAGCUUCUCAUGCAAACUGAAGAAGCUAUUGAGGCACAGCUUAAUGAUGCCCAAAAGAGACUCUCAGAUGUUCACAGGGUGGCAAGGGAGAAAAUGGAUCAACAACAGAAUAAGUCAUCCCUUGGGUUCUUGGUAAUCAUUAACCACACUUAUCAAGCCCUCACGCUAUAGGAGAAUUUGUUAUGGAUUGAUAAUACUUCAGUAAUAAUCAAGGGUUGCAAUGUGCAUUGGAUUCCUUGCGGGGAUUGUCAACCCAGAGAAUAACCCGUUUUCAUGUCAAUUUGGGGAUUGUUGGAAGAAUAACUUUUUUUUUAUAUAUGUUAAUUAAAAUGGUGAAAUAACAUGUGGACUUUUACGUAUUGAAUUGGUAUACUAACACAACCAUUAAUCAUGUAAAUACCCUUUUAAAGGCAAACUCACAUCUAAAUCACAACCCC